GGUUCCAUCUCUCUGAUUGUGUGUGCGUUUAGAAUGCGGGUUCUGGUGGGAAUCUCUACUCUUUAUUUAAAGAGCAUUCUUAUAAUAAUCGCGUGGUUAUCCUACUAAUUGGCCCUCUGGAGCUGAAGCUAGCUUGUUAGGGGUAGUUGGCAUUGAAGUUAGGGUCAUAUCCUAGGGUCGGGGGAGAAGGGUCUUGUUUCGCUUUUGCUUUGUGUGUGUGUUUGUGUGUCGGAGGCAGCGCCUGUGUCUGUGCCUUUCUGAUAUCAACGAAGACGGACAGGAUGGUGUGCCUUAUUUAUCGUGGGGUGGAUUGCCUUAUUAGAUUCCAUUCUCGUAUGUAGUGUUGUGUGUUUUUAAGCUGAAGUGCACUUAUGUGUAUCUGGAAUUUAUCGCGUGUGUAGCGUUCUGCCCAGUUCUGCAACUACCUCCCAGCUCGAGUACUAUGGGACCUUUAAAUGUUAAAGAAAUAAAAAUAAUUGAUUCUUUUUAUACGGUUGUGGGUUGUCAUUACUUGCCUUAAGUUACACAAUAACUAUUAGCGUUGCAGCAGCUCAAAAUUCUGGAUUAAUUAUACUUUUUCCCCAUGCUAUCCUUUUCUCCUGGGGUGUCAAAUAAUUAAUAAAACAAAUUUGAUUUUUACCACUUACAAUUCUACGUAAAAACUUAAUAACGUACUGUAAAUUACAUUACAAUGCGGAAACUGACGCUUCGUACCGUCAGCGCUGUACUAAUUACUGUAUAUCAAACGAAGUGAUCCGCUCUGAACUCGCUUAGACUUUCUGGCGGCGUCGCUUCUAUCGUUACGAUCGAGUGAAUUCAAGAUGAAUUCAUUUUAUCAGAUUGUUGUUUUCCUGCCAGGGCUGCGGUUUGCACUGGCGUCGAAGAUCAGUGAAGUGCGGGCAUAUGUAGGAGGACAAGUGGACAUCGACUGUCCGUAUCCAGCCGAUUACAUACACGUUGCCAAGUACUGGUGUCGAGAUCCCUGUAAUGAUGCGGAUGUUCUUGUUAAAUCUGAGACGUCAGACACCUACAUUUCCAAAGGAAGAUUUUCUCUGUACGACAAUUCUAACGGACGGUCAUUAAGUGUCACCAUAAAAAAACUGACUCUGAAGGAUGCUGGGAUGUAUUACUGUGGAGUAGAAAAAUGGUGGAAGGACAAACUCAGAAAAGUUCAUGUCCAGGUCAGGAAAGCUUCUCCAGCUACUACAGUUGUUCCUAAAACUGAUCCAGCAAGGAGGCUCUUAACUCUGCUGGACCGAUCCAUGCUGGUCACACAGCGCCAUGUCACUCAGCUCUCCACAGAUCCUACUACUACCAUCAUGAUUAACCUACAGAGUGUUACUGUGGAGAAAGCCAACCAUUCCACAGGCCAUCUGUCCAUCGACAAAUUUGGUAGUGCCACAGUUUUGCUUGGAUCAACCUUUGGGCUGCUGAUGUGCUUCCUGCUGGUGUCACUGGCUUAUCUUUCAAAGCGAUUAACGUCAAAGUCACAAGAAUCAAAUUCUUUGGAUUUUGCUGUCCCUCUUCACAAUGAUCAGGACGGAGCGGACCUUGGCCAUGUGUAUGAUGAAGUUGCAUUUCACGACCCUGCUGAUCUUCCCCAGAUGGAUUCUCCUGAAAUCUACCACGUGCUUUCAUUCAGCAGCUCUCACCCAGAAAUGACAGAAAACUAACUCUACUCUCUUGUCAAUUUCUGACUGGCUGCAGCAAAUUAACCAUUUCCAAGCCGCAUGUGUGAGCUGCUGGCUAUGUAUUCUAUUCUGUCUGCUCUGUGUGCCUUGGGGUAGCGUGUGCAUGUGUACACACAACCACUAGAGGGCACUCUGUCCUAAAAUCAUAAACUUGGCAGAAAACUGAUUUGACCAAACCAGUUAUGUUUGAUAACCUGAUGUUUGAUACCCUGAAUAAACACCUUGUUUUAGAUGUUGUCUGCAGUCUUUGUGUUUCUUAUUCUAAUGCCAGAUUUAGAAAAUAUCGCUUUGGCCUGUAUAACUACAAACUGCCAACAAGCUAAUCCAGAUCACAUUUGAGGAGGCCUAGUCCACCAUAGGCCAGAGAACAUUGCUAUGCAUCGUAUGUUGGGAUCACUAGAGAUUCUUCCACUGAGGAUUUUAUGUAGAAUUUCCUCCCAAUGAAAAUGAUUUAGCUACAGUAUCAUGUAUAAUUUUUGAAUAUCUACUUGUAUUAUUAUGUAUACGUAUGGAUUUUUUUUAGGACCAUUCUGAUAAUUGUUGUAAUGUCCUCUCCGUCUCUUUCACUAACUGUAAGAACAUGCCACCUUCUCUCCAUUUCUUCUUGGAGUAAAGGAGGCUGGUGCCAGAGGCAUGUUGUCCAAUGUCCUUCUUUAAAGGACACUGGCUUGGUAUAUUUCCUUAGAUGGAUGAUUGUGCUAAAACAAGCACGUUCUGGAAACCAAAUGGAAUAGCUUUGGUGUAAAUCAAAUCAAGAAACAGAUUUCCAAAAUGAAAUUGUACCAUAUAUUCAAUAAAUUGCUGAAAAUG